AUGAGGGAUUCUAAAGAAGGUCAUAAAGAGGAAGAUGAAACACCUUCUGUUUCUGCUGUACUGUCCCUGGAACAAACAGCUGUGAUUCAGGAAAUGGUAAAUCAAGAUGUCCUUCCAAAGCUGAUGGUCCCCAGUCCUACUAGUGAACCACAAGUGGUAACUGAAGACAAACAAGGAGAGGCAAUAAACUGCGCAUCAGAUGAUUUAGAUGAUGAUGAAGAGGAGGAUGAUGAUGAAGAGGAAGAUGAAGAGGAGAUAGAAGAUACCAGCAUGCCUAAAGAAAAUGCUGGAAUGCCUUUGAUGUGCGAAGGGAAGUUAGAUUCUAUGGAAGAGCAGAAGAGUACAUCAGAAGAGUCUCCAGAAAGCUCUCCAAAGAAAAAACUUGUGGUGAAAAUUCCAAAAGCAAGAAGCGAAUCAAAUGGUGAUGUUCAGGAAACCUUCAUGUUCCCCUGUCAGCACUGUGAGAGGAAGUUCACAACGAAGCAAGGUCUGGAGCGACACAUGCACAUCCAUAUCUCCACUGUAAACCAUGCCUUCAAGUGUCGGUACUGUGGGAAAGCCUUUGGCACUCAGAUUAACAGGAGAAGACACGAGCGACGCCACGAGGCAGGGCCUAAAAGGAAACCCUUCUUAACACUAACAUCAUCACAACACUUGGAUAAUGUUGCUGAUAACCAAGUCAUUGUGGAUGAUGGUCUAAAAGAUGACUUAAACAUUUCUGGUCUUGUGCAAGACUCUGUUGUCUUGGAUGCUGAGAAAGUUUCCCAAGAAAUGUCACACUCUGCUUUUGCUGAGGAAAAUAAGGAGCCCAAAGAAUUGCAUCCCUGCAAAUACUGUAAAAAGGUUUUUGGAACUCACACCAACAUGCGGAGGCACCAGCGCAGGGUUCAUGAGCGUCAUCUUAUUCCCAAAGGUGUCAGAAGAAAAGGAUUCUUCACUGAAGAGCCACCACUUCAGACAGAGCAGGCCCCACCAGUCCAGAGUGUAUACAUAGCAAGUACAGAAAUAGAAGAGGAAGGUGAAGUAGAUGAUGUCUAUAUUAUGGAUAUUUCCAGCAAUAUCUCUGAAAAUCUAAAUUAUUAUAUCGAUGGUAAAAUCCAGUCCAACAGCAGCACUAGCAAUUGUGAUGUGAUCCAGAUGGAGUCCAACUCUGCAGACUUGUAUGGGCUGAAUUGUAUCAUCAGCCCAGUCACGGUGGAAAUCUCCUCAAAUUUAAAGGUGACACAAACACAUGUGAAUGAACCUCCCAAGGAACCCUCCAGUAGUGGGAGCAGUGAAUCCAAAAAGAGGAGAACUGCCAGCCCUCCUCUUGUACCAAAAAUAAAAACUGAAGUAGACCCAGAACCUAUAACUCCUACUAAUUCUUUAAAUCUUCCUCUUAGCAUUUCAACAGAAAGCUUACCUUUUCAUAAAGAAAAAGGUGUUUAUUUGUCAUCAAAAUUAAAGCAGCUUCUUCAGACACAGGACAGUAAGAAGGUAACUCCUUCAACUGAAAUCCCUAAACUAGGACCUGCUGUUCCAUCAUCACCUAUUUUGCCUCCAGGAUCCAGCAGAUUUAAAAGAAGGACCAGUUCUCCUCCCAGUUCUCCACAGCACAGUCCAGUACUUAGAGACUUUGUCAAAUCAGGUGAGGGGAAAACUGUGUGGAGUGAGAAUGUUCGGAGUUCAAAAAUGCCAAAGUUAGAAAGCCACAGCAACUCACCUGCUUGGAGCUUGACUGGCAGGGAGGAAAAAGAGACCUCAAGCCCGCUUUGCUUUGAAGACUAUAAAAUAUCAAAGGACUGGACAGCAGCUCCCACUUUUGGCAGCGUGUGCAACCAGCAGCCACUGGAUUUAUCCAGUGGUGUGAAACAAAGGUCUGAUGCAAAAAAUAAGAAUCAGGUUCACUGUGAAUCUGUGUUAGAUUUAAGUGUGCAUAAGAAGCCGUGCAACGAUGCUGAAUUUAGGGAAUACAAAGAAAAUGCCAUCCAGCCAACCUGUAGUGGUGUUAAAAAGAAGAAACCAACCACCUGCAUGUUACAGAAGGUUCUGCUGAAUGAGUAUAACGGCACAGAUGCAGCCCCAGACAGCACAGCCAGUGCCAACAGGAGUGUGAGCCCCAGCAAAUCCCUGGAACCUCAGGCAGAACCUGAGGUGGAUCCCAGUCAGUCUGCAUCAUCUUCUGUUGACACUCAGCCCCUCAGUUCCUCCAUUUCCCCUGUGCCACAGGCACCUGCUGUUCCUGCCCUGUGCCAGCUGCCUCCUUUGUUAAUCCCAACCAAUCCCCCUUCCCCUCCACCCUGCCCACCCAUGCUGACAGUGGCUACAUCACCUCCUCCCCUUCUUCCAACAAUGCCGUUAUCGAUCCCAGAGGUCUCUGUCAGUGCCACUAACACUUCUUCUUGUCCAUCCCCACUUUCCAACACUACUGCUCAGUCCCCACUACCAGUUCUUUCACCUACAGUUUCUCCUUCUCCAUCUCCUGUUCCUUCUGUUGAACCUCUUAUUUCUGCUGCUUCACCUGGUCCUCCUACACUGUCUUCGUCAUCUUCCUCCUCCUCUUCCUCCUCCUUCUCCUCCUCUUCAUCUUCAUCAUCUCCAUCUCCACCUCCUCUUUCUGUAGUUUCCUCUGUCGUUUCCUCUGCUGAUAAUCUCGAAAAUACUCUCCCAAUAAUAAAACAGGAAGAAACUGAAACUGAGCAGCAGAAAGCAAGAGAAGAUCCUCACACUUCCAGUGAAUCAGGAGUAGUGCAGGAAACAUUCAAUAAAAGCUUUGUGUGCAAUGUCUGUGAAUCACCUUUUCUUUCCAUUAAGGACCUAACGAAGCAUUUAUCCAUUCAUGCUGAAGAGUGGCCCUUCAAAUGUGAAUUCUGUGUACAGCUUUUUCGGGAUAAAACAGACCUGUCGGAACAUCGCUUUCUGCUUCAUGGAGUAGGAAAUAUCUUUGUUUGCUCCGUCUGUAAAAAGGAAUUUGCUUUUUUGUGCAAUUUGCAGCAGCACCAGCGGGAUCUCCAUCCAGACAAAGAGUGCACACACCAUGAGUUUGAAAGUGGGACUCUGAGACCCCAGAAUUUUACUGACCCCAGUAAGGCCAAUGUGGAGCACAUGCAGAGCCUGCCAGAAGAUUCCUUGGAACCUUCUAAAGAGGAGGAAGAUGAAGAUCUAAAUGAUUCCUCUGAAGAGCUUUAUACUACUAUAAAAAUAAUGGCUUCUGGAGUAAAGUCUAAAGAUCCAGAUGUUCGCAUGGGUCUCAAUCAACACUACCCAAGCUUUAAACCACCUCCAUUUCAGUAUCACCAUCGUAAUCCUAUGGGUAUUGGAGUUACUGCAACCAACUUCACUACCCACAAUAUUCCACAGACUUUUACUACUGCCAUUCGAUGCACAAAAUGUGGGAAGAGUGUUGAUAACAUGCCCGAGUUACACAAACACAUACUGGCCUGUGCCUCUGCCAGUGAUAAAAAGAGAUACACACCUAAAAAAAAUCCAGUACCACUGAAACAGACAGUGCAGCCUAAGAAUGGGAUGGUGGUCAUAGCUGGCCCUGGAAAGAAUGCCUUCAGACGAAUGGGUCAGCCUAAAAGACUCAAUUUCAAUGUUGAGAUUAGCAAAAUGUCCUCAAAUAAACUAAAAAUAAGUGCAUUGAAAAAGAAAAACCAGCUCGUCCAGAAAGCUAUCUUGCAAAAAAAGAAAUCUGCCCAGCAGAAGGCAGAGCUGAAAAACAAUCCAUCUGAGUCAGACUCUCACAUCUGCCCCUACUGUAACAGGGAGUUCACUUACAUUGGAAGUUUGAAUAAACACGCAUCCUACAGCUGUCCCAAAAAACCCAUCUCUCCCUCCUCGAAAAAGAAUUCUUCCAAAAAAAGUGCCAGUUCCUCACCUGCAAACAGUGAGAAAGGCAGCAACCAGCGGAGGAGAACAGCAGAUGCAGAGAUCAAAAUGCAAAGCAUGCAGCCUCACCUGGGCAAAACAAGAGCACGGACCUCAGGACCUGCACAGCUCCAGCUUCCCUCUGCAUCCUUCAAAUCCAAACAAAAUGUUAAGUUUGUACCUCCCAUUCGGUCUAAAAAGCCAAAUUCAUCUUCAUCCUUGAGGAACUCUAGUCCUGUAAGAGUGUCCAGAAUGUCCCAUGUUGAUGGGAAAAAAACUAAGGGGGUGGCUAAGAACAGUUCCUCUGGAAUCUCCAGCAAAGCAUCCCGGAAAUUGCAUGUCAGAAUACAAAGGAAUAACAAAGCUGUUCUACCAAGUAAGUCUGCUGUGGCAAGUAAGAAAAAGGCAGACAGAUUCACUGUAAAAUCCAGAGAGAGGAUUGGAGGACCCAUUACUCGGAGCCUUCAGCAGGCAGCAAAUGCAGAGGCAGCAGAAAACAAAAGAGAUGAAAGCAGUACAAAGCAAGAGCUAAAAGAUUUCAGGAACAUCCUGUAAAAAAAACAAACCAAACCAAAACCUCCCUUAAUGCCAUGGUAGAGCUGUUGCAUUCUCAACUUAGGAUAAGCACUACGACAGUGGCUGUGAAAUCCACCAAGCUUCUGA